UAUUACUCAUUGUAGCAUUGUUUGUAAUAGCAAAAGAAGGGGAAAGAUUCAUGUAUCUAAUAGUAGGAGAUUGAUUGAAUAUACUACAGUGUAGCUACACAAUAGAAAACUAUGUAGGAAAGGAAAUCUUUUUUUUUUUUUUUCCAGUUGUUGGCCGGGGCCAGGUUUGAACCCACCAUUUCCGGUAUAUGGGGCCAGCGCCCUACUCACUGAGCCACAGGCACUACCAUAAAAAAGGAAAUCUUUAUAUCCUAAGGAAAGAUGUCUGUACAUAUUGCUAAAUUCAAAAGUGGCACAAAGUAGUAUAAAUAGUAUGCUACUGAACAAGGUCGUGAAAAGGGCUCAGUGUGCUGCCGCCAUUUCUUCUGCCUUGGGUCUCUGGGCUUUUCUCAGAGCUUCCAAAGGUGCCAUGUUGACACAGAGCAUCCAGAGGUUCCAAACCUCUGUCGUCUGUAGGAGUCACUAUGAGGAGGGUCCCGGGAAGAAUUUGCCAUUUUCAGUGGAAAAUAAGUGGUGGUUACUAGCUAUGAUGACUUUGUACUUUGGAUCUGGAUUUGCUGCACCUUUCUUUAUAGUAAGACACCAACUGCUUAAGAAGUAAAGAUGUUUUAAUUCAUC